AUGAACAGACGAGCUGUGGGUCGUGGUGUGCCUGACGGUGAUAUGUGCUCCCCGGUAAUCGACUUAACUGAUGAUGUGAGUGGUUCGGAAAGUUUAGACGAGUCCAUGGAGAACGCGGAUGCGGUGAACAAUCUGCGUAUCAGCGGUACCCUCGGCCCCGGUCUGCAUUCCGCGUCCCGUGCCAUACUUCGUGGUGCAGGGACACUGGAUGCCCAAACACUUUAUCACACCCAUCUGCGUCGUCGAGCCAAAUUGUCCGACGCGGUCGGUCCUCGUGUGGCUGAGCUCAGUCACAUCCCGUCCCGAAUUGCACGUCGUGUGGUUACACGUGACAACUCUCACCCACUCCAACCUGGUGUUCCCUUCGGCAUGGAGCUCAACGUUCUGGGAGAGCCGGUGCCUACGGUCUGUCCAAAUGUGACUGUGGAUGCAUCAGGUAUAGGGUCAGGUGAACCGUAUCUAACCGUGAGACAUGGUACAAUUCCUGCAGACACUGCGUACCUAUCCGACCCGGCAACUUUACCAGGAAUCGAUUUACCCACCACAUCAUAUCCGACGCGGUUGGUUGCGAUUUCCAGUCGCCCAGGAUCCAGCUUGCCCAACACUCCUAUGCAAACGCGAAAGCCUGUUCGUCGCCCAUCUCAACUGAGACGAACUCAACCCGUAGGUCUUCAGUCGUUUCCACCUCAAUGGCCCACCGGGACUUCCGAUCCAAAUUGUGACCCAAUGCUAUCCGGAGCACCUCCAGGUCUAUCUGAUUCUGCGCUCUCUGUUCCGUUGGAGGAGAGUGAGCCAUGCGAAUUGGUGGAUCGCAUCCUACCGGGAGAAAUGAUGUCUGUUUCCGGAAUCUCUGUUGAUGGAACUGGAUCGGAAGCACCUUUUCGUGGACGACUAAUUCCAGCCUCUGGCCCCAUUAUGCUUUCCUCCACCCCGGUGACUCAACUCCCAUAUGAUUCCCACACAAUGCUUGAACGUCAGGUGCGUGGAUUUAUCAGUUUUCCAUUUUACGUUGGUGUAGUGUGCCUUUUUCAUAUGGCGAUUCUCCACGGGUUUCCAAAAGUUCUCAUUGUGCUAAAACUUCCUAUUGUCAGUCCGGUCUGA